UUACACGUCGUCACCGACGAAAGAUAACGUCUACUUUAGCGGCCAAUAACAUAAAGAAGAUGGCACCUAACAUGGAUAUCGAGAUCCCGACUUAUCUCAGGGCUAUUUUCCCGAACUCCCUGACCCCGGUUAUGUUUCACCUAGGUCAACUUGACCAAGAGUUACGUUUCACGGUUACGGUCGACGCUUUCUCCAGCCGAUCACCUCUCUUGGUCCUUCAUGCUGGAUCAACCGUGCGAGGCCCGGUUCUCGCGUCGGUAAGCAAGCCGGCGCCGUACAAAGGCACUUACAGAAACAUCGUCAAGAUACAAUCCCCGAUCUCCAACACCGGCGCUAUCGAGGUUUCCUUGACCACACCAAUUGACGAUGGCAUGCAUGUUCGCUAUAACUUCUCGCUCGCAAUUGGCUCACGCCAUGAGAAAUUUGAAUGGAGAGCCACCCGAGGCAGUGAGGUCCACGUCGCAUUCCGCAAUGCCAAGGGAUUUAAGCUAGUACGACUGGGGAGUGAGGGACCUGGAGGAGGACAGGGUGGUUCGAGGGCGACGAGGGCCGUGGGCGAGACCAGCGAUGGAAAGGAGGUCGUAGCCGUUUGGGCAACUGAGAAAUCCUUGCUUCCGGCAGCCUUCGUGCCGAAUUGCAGACCCUUUAAGUUCGAGCUUCUCGGAAGUGGCAAGGCAUUGGGCCAGGAGUUCGCAUGCCUAGCUCUCACGACGGCGUUAAGAGUCUGGAGCUCCGAGGCCCAGGCUGUUCCCAACUUGACCUUCGAUAUUUGAUCAUGGGCUCGGAAAUAGAGGUUUGGGUUUGAGGGCGUUCGGGUAAUAGGGGUUAUGGGCUAUGAAAAAAUACCCUACUGGAAACAGGAUCAGGAUGGCGUAAGAGUUGUGACGGGACUAGGUCUAGCUCCUACUAGGAUCCGGGUAUCAGUG